AGCGACCUGAGUACAUUGCUGCUCAGAUACAUUGCGACAGUUGAACGGAAAAGACGUGUGUGUGUUUCUUUAAACAAAAAAGAACAAACUAUAUCAAAAAAAUUAAUAAAGAUCAAGAACAUUUAGCAAAAUAUUAAAGAAAAAAAACUCAAGAACUUAACAUAAAAAAUAAAUCAAUGCUUUAGUGAAAUUUCCUGUAUAUUUUGGAUUACAACUUACAUUUUGGAUAACAAUUUUGUUGGCAGUUGGAUUUCUUUCACAGUCAUCUUAUUGAGUUGUGACAAUAAACACCGUUUAAAUAUGUUGAAAUGGGCAGUUAAUGGUCCUCGCCAGAGUUAUUCGCAAAAUGAUGAUAAUAAUCAGGAAUUUCCUGCCACAUCUGGCUCUUCGUCGCAACAGCAAAGGCGACGUCUAAAACGUAAAUCUUCUGAUUUGAGUACGCUUAGACCCAAAACAUCCUGGCACGACAAAGAAAAUCAAUAUACAUCCACACCUUUGCAUGCAACUGCCAGAAGUUUCUCAGUGAGUCCUUCACGUAAAAUGGAUAGUUUGAAAGAUUUAAGUAACAUAGUGCCCGAACUGCCAUACAACUCCCCUUUGAGAUUGUCCACCAACAAACUAUCGCCUAAUAUUUUGAAAACUCCCGAAAACACACAAGCACGCAAAAAUCUACCUAAUAACUACGCAUCUACUUUGCCCACGUUUGAUGUGGAAUAUUCUCCCUGUGCUCUGAUUCCCGGUCCUAUAUUGGCAUUGAGAGGAGUAGGCAUACCCGAUAGUUACUUUGAAAAGCCUAGAUACAUAACACCACAUCCCAAGGAAAUAUUAAACAAUGUUAACGAAGAACCAGCACUUGAAACUAAAACACUUGAGAAACCUGCUACAUCUAUUUUAAAAUAUCCCGUAUACAUGGAAGAAUCUACCUUAAGUUCGACCAAAAUGGGUGAUGUUACCCUGGAACGUAUGAUAGACGCCAUUCUUGAAAGCACGCGUAAAGAAAGAAAAUCGCAGAAAGCACAAAAGCAUCCACAACAAUCCCACUCACAGAAUAUGUCACCCACCUAUACGCCAGCCGAAGAUCCAGCCAGUGAUUUACAUGAAGUCUGGGAUUCAGAAAAGGCACGCUACAGACAAAAGGAACAAAAGUUUAGAGCCGGCUUAACUAAAAAGAGUCUAUUCAAUGAAAGGGAAAUAUGCUCGCCACAAUUGCAAGAAACUCUCGAUCCUGGCCAAUUAAGAAGACAAGGUGGUCUCAGAAGAAAGCGUAAAAUCAACCAAAUUACAGCCAGCGUCAUGAACUCCGCCCAAAAAUUCCUGGGCAAAGGUCCACACGCGCAAAAACCUUUCUUGCAUUCCCAUAACCUGCGCAAAGUAUUCGAAGCUGAACUCAUACACGAUGAAAUUCAUCCACGCAAACUUAUGCGCAAUCUUAGUCCCGAUAGUGGUCACAAUUCCUCUGGUGAUUACGAAGAAGAAGACGAUGACUCCACCUUAGAAUGUACCUCAGAUGAUAACAAAACUUUAGAUAACACCAAAAGAAGACUAAGUUUCUCUUUGCAAAAUUUAAAUAAAACAUAAUGUAGAAAAAUAAUACAAAAUUUUUGCAAGUUACUGCCUUAAUUCUAGAACACAUAGAGCGAACUUUAUUUUCAAAAUACUUAAUAUAAUUAAAAAUGUUGAAAAGUUAUCAAUUUGGUUGUUUUUAAUUGCUAAGAAUCUUUAAAUAAAAUUGACAAAUUACAAAAAAAAAACAUACAUACAUUUAAUAA